UGAGAUUAUGGUACCAGUGAAGGGCCCAUAGGAAGAUACACCAAGAAGAGAAGAAGAAUAAAACAUGUCGGCAAACGCCGCCGAUGAAGAGAAGAAAUUAUCGAAAAUGGCAGAAGAACGCGAGGACGACAAAGGUAGUGUGAAGUCGGCGACAGCGGGUAGUGUAGCACCUGACGACGGUACCAGCAAAGCCGAUAGCACUGGAACGGGUACUGAUAAGAAGUUAACGUUGAAGGAACCAAGCGAUGCAAAAAAUCAAACCAAGAAUACCGAUGAGAAAAGUGGGGACGAGAAAUCAAAAAUGGAUAGCAAGUUGGCCACCGACGGUGGAAACGGUCAACCGGAAGACGACGCGGAUAGUCGAGAUAAUGGAAACGCAGACAAACCAAAGGCAACGGCAGAAGCGGAAGCCAAAGGGAAGAAUCGCAACGGUGCAAAGAAACUAACCGACGAGGAGGAAGCAGACGUGGACGAUGCGGAAAAACCGAGUGGCAAAAGCCUCGGUUCGAUCGCGUUAAUCGAUGCCAACAUCACGAAGGCUAAGGUAGAUGACUUACAGACACUGCACACGAUCAUGUACGACGGACCGGCCAAACCGAUGGUCUUGCGGCGAAACCUGCGCAAGUUCGAUGGAUUUGAGGUCGCUGCCGGGUCAGACGCGUACCGGAAGCGGGUAUCGGCAACGGAGAAGCUAGACGUGAAGAAGCUCGCCCAACUGGCGGAGAUCCUUGCAUUAGACAAGAAGGGCAGCAAGGAGGAGCUGGCGGGGCGCAUCUGUUCUUUCCUGUUGAAGCCGGACGGUGAUGAAGAGUUGCCGGAAGAGAUGGGCGAAGAGGAGGAAGAAGAAGAGGAUGAGGAAGAGGAAAAUGAAGAUGAAGAGGUGAGCGAAGAGGAGGCACCAAAGAAGAAAACUCCUGUAAAGCGAGGUGCACCAGCUGCGGGUGGUGGUCGUGGCCGGGGUGAAAAUGCAUCCUCGAAGUCUUCUAGCGGGCGUCCGAAGCGAUCAACUGCUGGUCGUGGUUACCAAGAUAAUUCCUUAUACGUAGAUUACACCACCUCCGAGGAGGAAGAGGAAGAAACAGUUAAAGUGGGUCGAGGCCGACGGGCUCGCCGUGGAUCGGACAGCGGAUCUGAUUAUAACCCUUCCGCUGGAUCGGACUCUGAUGCUGGUAAACGAAGAUCUGCUCGUGCGCCGGCACGCGGAAGUCGAACCUCGGCACGGAACGUGCGGAAGCGCUACAGCGACGAUGAAUCAGAGGAGAGCGCUAGCGACGAUGAUUUCAGUGAGGAGGACCAGCGAAAAAAGAAAACAACACCGGCACGUGGCAAUCGCGGACGACCAAGUACUACCGCGCGACAGUCACCAAGAGCUAGGGGUCGGAAGCGCAAGGCGGAUACCGAGAGUGAAGAAGAAGAAUCCGAGGAGGAAGAGGAAGUCGAUAGCGAAGAUAGCGAACGACCGAAACGGAAGUCGAUGGCCACGGUACGAGGUGGUGGACGCUCGGCUGCAGUAACCAACAAUAAGGCGAAAAAUUCAACCCCUGCAAAAGGACGAGGACAACCGAAACGGGCGGCAGCAGUAACCAGCGCGAAGAAAUCAAAACGGGGACGUGACCGUAGCUCUUCUGGUGAAGAGGACGAGGAAGAGGAAGAAGAGGAAGAUGAAGAGGAGCCUGAGCUGGACGACAACGAAUCGGAGGACGAGAAGCCGUUAGUCAAGAAGGCCAAACAGGAAAAGGAGACAGAUACGGCUGCCCCGCCGAGUGAGGAUGAUAUCAAAGAAUACCUGAAAGAGAUCCUGGAUGAGGCAAAUCUGGAGGAAAUAACGAUGAAAACGGUGUGCAAGAAGGUGUACGCUAAAUACCCGCAACACGAUUUAUCGCAUAAAAAGGAUUUCAUCAAGGCAACAGUCAAAUCUCUAAUAUCGACGUAAAAACUUCAAAAAGGAAGAUUAUGUCGCACGUAACAUAUAUAAAUAUGUUUUUCUUUUCUUUAACUGGUUACAACACAAGCGAAGGGCGUAUGAUGCAGAUUGCAUAGCUAGGAGAGAAAAACAAAAAUUUCGGCAUAUCAGUUGCCGUGGGCCUCAGUGCGAUAUUGAUUGGUAUGUACAGAAUCUGUAACCCGGAACGUGAAGCAAGAUUUGAGUUGCAUAUUCAUAUGAGCAUAUGAAUCCGCAA